CCCUACCUCCCUCUUCCUCAGCUUCACGGCUAAACUCCGCCGCUGCAGUGAAAUGUGAUUUCUUCUUCUGUGAUGGACUUCCUUCUCUGUCUCUCUCUCUCUCGGAUCUCUCUCUCCAUUCGACCAUCGAAAGCUAAAUGGUGAUGAUGAUGAUGCUAAACAACCCGACCGACAGACCGACCGACCGACCGACCCUAACGCAGAUAAGCGAGAAAAAAAAGCACUCCAAAAGUGCCAAGUUGCCAACAACCAAAGGAUUAUCCCUGCGACAGGCAGGUACAGACAUAUAUGCUCGCGUGUCUCGUUCGCCAGGUCUUGUACAGCCCUGCCACCAUCAAGGGGAAGCGUGAUCCGCGAUCCUUUAGCCGCCCCGUUGCCCCCCGUUGCCCCCUGGGCCAAGAAAAGACAUGGGCCCUGGUCUCUCUAGCCAGUGAUGAGAUAGAUUAGAAUGUGCCGAAAUUCAGCCUCUCGGAAAAGGAGAAAAAAAAGGGAGAGAAAGGAUAGAAUUCCG